GGGCGCGGCCUGGCCGGAAGUGAACAGCCGCCGCCAUGGCCUCUGGGGGGGAAGUGUCUGCACUGGUCCUAGUGGCUAUUCUGUGGGGAGGGACAAACCCAUUUUUGAAGACAGGGACAGAGGGAAUGGAGAAGGUGAAGCAAAGGAACCGGGUGCUGCAGCUCCUUGCAGAGAUGAAAUUCCUGUGCCUCAAUUAUAAGUACAUGGUGCCAUUUCUGUUUAACCAGUGUGGAUCAAUAAUCUACUAUCUCACAUUGGCAUCCACAGACCUAUCCCUGGCGGUGCCUCUCUGUAACUCUCUGGCUUUGAUAGUCACAGUCGUAACUGGGAAGAUUCUUGGGGAAGACAUUGGUGGUAAAAGUAAGUCAUACUUCAGUGCAAUGCUUUUAUAUAUGUGCUCUGCACACAACUUGGCAUUCAGCACCAUACCUUGAACAUCUAGAUUACCAUUGUUUGGUGUGAGGUCUAGCUAGAUCAUGUAAUUCUAGGGGCAAGAUGUGUGGUAGUUAAAUAGUUCAUCUUAUCAUAGUUGGGGAUGGAUUUAUUGAGGACCCCUCCCCUAGAUGUGUACAGAGUGAUGAUCUGGUUAAUCCUACUUCUCAUGGAUGGAUAUAAGAUAGCACUAGUCUGUGCGUGAUCAUCAGUUGCUGUUGUCUCACUGAGGGAUCUGAAACUAGGUUUUGGACAACUCUACUCUGCUAGUAGUAACUUAAUAUUUUUACAUUAAGGAGCUACACUGUGGGUAAGCUGCAGAAGGUAAGAAUGUUGUCCUGUGAGGGCUUUAGGGGAGGGAAGAAACCAACAUUUGUCUUUAAACAUAGCUAUUGUUAGCACAGUGUUAACAAGGUUUCCCUGACUCGAGCAAACAAGGACUAUUUUCCUAAGAACUAUGCUCUAGAGCUAUGCUGUCCGUAGUAAUUUUAUAAUAUAGUUAAUAGUUUAAAAAAAUAAAUCUCUGCAGAUAUGAGGAAAAGUGUCUUAGAACCUGCUAUUAACAACGUUGCUGAAAUUCAUCUGGAACUAGCAUGUUGCUGAUCCUCUCUAUCUAGCUAGUCAGACCACAUCAUCACUAGCAUUUGAAUAGAGGACAAGGCCUAACUGAUUAAUGGUGAGUGCUCAUGAUUCCUCCCAUUUUUGUAUGUCCUGUCUCCUUAGGAGCCGUGGUAGGAAUGCUGCUUACUAUCUUGGGAGUUGCUCUAUGUAUAGCUGGUUCUGUGAACGAGUGAGAAACAGAGUGGAAGAAGAAAGAAUGUGCAGAAGGUAAUGCCAUUGUUUGGGGAUGGGUACCCCUGCCUCUCUGGACCCAGAUCAGCCACCAGAGGUGUGGUCUAGAACCAAGGCAACGUGGAAGGUGAAUUUUGAUACCUAAAGAAGAAGAUUUCUGAAAACAGUUGUUGGAGUCUCUUUACCUUUUCAAGGUUGAGGUCUUGUUCUUUUGGGGCACUAAACCUCAAAUAUUUGGGGUUUGAGCCCCCAAUACUUAAUUUAGGUACAGAACCCUAUGCAAAAAAUUAGUGUCCUGAUCUUCCUCUGACCUCCCUUCUAGGUCUCC